AGUAGCGAAUCCUCGGUAGAGAGUCCGGAGAGGAAACUCACUACAUGACCAACAACAACAGUCGACCAGUAACAACUCUGAAAAACAAAAUUAAGUCAAGUCCCCCAUGAAGGCGAGAAGUUUGUUGAAAUUUCCCGUCGGAGGGACGAAAAAGAACACUUUCCACCUUAUAACUGUCACUGGAUUGGCCGGUCUGACAUACCAAGCAACAACACCAGCAAACCCUAAUAAUUUUCCCUUCUCCAAUGAUCUUGUUGACAAAAUCAGGGCAGGAGUUAGUGGAGUUGCUCGUUCGUCUCUAGCUCUCUACACUCUCUCAUCAAAUGUCGUCGAUUAUAAAUAUUCGUUACAUGGAUUAAAUUUGGAUUCUGAUGAGUUCCGUGGUAAAUUGUCCGAGGUUCAUUUACGUUCAGCCAGGAGGGUGCUGAAACUUUGUGAAGCUAAUAAAGGAUUCUAUGUGAAAGCUGGUCAAUUUAUUGCAGCCAUGCGGCAAGUUCCAAAAGAAUAUUCGUCAACUCUCUCCUCCUUACAGAACAAGGCAGUUCCUUGCAAUUUCGAAGCCAUUAAAAAAGUUUUGACGAGUAAUCUGGGCAAAGAUUUAUCGGAGGUUUUUUUGUCAUUUGAUGAGGAACCAAUUGCUGCUGCCUCAAUUGCUCAAGUACAUCGUGGAAUACUCAAAGAUCAUCAGGAUGUAGCUGUUAAGGUGCAGUAUCCUGGUUUAGAGCAGCAGAUGAGAAUUGACAUUACAACCAUGAGUUUCCUCUCAAAGUCGAUUGCUUGGGUUUUUCCAGAAUAUCGGUUUGACUGGAUGGUUUUAGAAUUUGAGAAGGCAAUUUCUUCGGAACUUGAUUUUGUUCAAGAGGCAAAGAAUUCUGAGAGAAUAUCUAAAAACUUCAAAGGCAACAGUAUUGUCAAGGUUCCUCAUGUUUUCUGGGAUUUGACAAGAAGGCAGGUAUUGACGAUGCAAUUUUGCAGCGGAAACAAGGUGGAUGACUUGAAAUUUCUGAAGGAAUGCGGAAUAGAUCCUGGAAAGGUUGCCAAAGCAUUGGUGGAGGUAUUUGCGGAAAUGAUAUUUGUCCAUGGUUUUCUACAUGGAGAUCCACAUCCAGGCAACAUAAUAGUUUCACCCGGGGGUCGUAGUGGCUUCUCGUUAGUUCUUUUGGAUCAUGGAAUAUGCAGAGAGUUGGAUGAACAGUUCCGAUUGAACUAUUGCGAAUUGUGGAAUGCAUUGAUUCUUCUGGAUGCAAACAAGAUUGCAAACUUAGGUGAGCGAUUUGGUGUCAGAAAGUAUGCUAGGUACUUUCCUGUCAUUUUCACUGGAAGGACUAUUGACAGUAAAUCAGCCCUCGGAAGAGGAAUGACACUCGAGGAAAAGAAGAUUUUAAAACAAGAAUUGAAGUCUUUAAACAUGGAGGACAUUUCUUCUUUUAUGGAAUCUUUGCCGCCUGACUUUAUUACCAUACUUCGUACAGAUGGACUACUGAGAUCUGUAAUUAGCAAACUGGGUGCUUCACAACAAAUUCGACUGUUAACAUAUGCAAGAUAUUCUGUAUAUGGUCUCUCUUCAAAGUUGAAUCCCUUGUCUGGUGUUACAGAGAAGAAUUUGUUCUCAAACUUUAAGGCAACUGUGGGUUUUAUUCGAUUGAGGCUGGUUCUUGAAGUAUUCUAUCUUCUUUCAUGGAUACAAGAUUUGGGGCAUUCAUUCCUCAGCAGGAUAAGAAAGAUCCUAGCAGAGGCCAUUCACUUGUUAACAAGCGUUUCCUCACCGGCUUUAUUGAGGUAACAUAUCUGUAUAUUUUGGGAUUGGUGGACAGACUGCAAGCAACAGUAAGAAGAGAAAUAUUUUAUUGGAGAACUUAAGAUAGGAGAAAUUCAUACUUGAAGCUAAGAUGUCAGUGACUCAGUGCAUGUCAUUUGACUCGUUUCAGAAUGUUUUUUUGGUAGGCUAACUAAUGCUACCUCCACAAGGUUGAUUUGGAAUGUUUGGAAGUACCAUUCCAAUGUUAUGGAACAGGGACAGGUUGCCAUAUAAAUUUAGGCACCAAAAUACCAAAUGCAUUUUAACGAGGGUUUUAAUGGGAAAAUUUUUUGCUCUCGCGCUGCUAGAUCAUGUUUGAUCUAGCAGCACCAAAGCUAGACAUCUGGUUGUUUACCACGUCA